AUGAGGGGUUACCAUGGCGACCGAGGCAGCCAUCCCCGCCCAGCCCGCUUUGCUGACCAGCAGCAUAUGGACGUGGGCCCAGCUGCCAGGGCCCCGUACCUGCUGGGCUCCAGGGAGGCCUUCUCCACCGAGCCCCGCUUCUGUGCCCCGAGAGCUGGCCUGGGACACCUUUCUCCAGAAGGGCCCCUGAGCCUGAGUGAGGGUCCAUCAUCAGUAGGCCCCGAGGGAGGCCCAGGGGGGGUGGGGGCUGGGGGAGGCAGCAGUACCUUCCCCAGGAUGUACCCCGGCCAGGGCCCCUUGGACACCUGUGAAGACUGUGUGGGCCACCCACAGGGCAAGGGUGCCACCCGCCUGCCUCCAACACUCCUGGAUCAAUUUGAAAAGCAGCUGCCAGUUCAACAAGAUGGCUUCCACACACUCCCAUACCAGCGAGGUCCAGCAGGGCCUGGGCCUGGACCUGGAUCUGGCCCUGCCCCUGAGGCUCGCAGCGAGAGUCCUAGCCGCAUCCGGCACCUUGUUCACUCUGUGCAGAGACUCUUUGCCAAGUCCCACUCUCUGGAGGCCCCCGGGAAGCGAGACUAUAAUGGGCCCAAGGCUGAGGGAAGAGGUGGCUCUGGGGGAGACAGCUACCCUGGCCCAGGCUCUGGAGGCCCUCACACCUCCCACCAUCACCAUCACCACCACCAUCACCACCACCACCAGUCCCGGCAUGGCAAACGGAGCAAGAGCAAGGACCGCAAGGGGGAUGGGCGACACCAGACCAAGGCCACAGGCUGGUGGAGCUCUGAUGACAAUUUGGACAGUGACAGUGGCUUUCUGGCGGGUGGGAGGCCCCCUGGAGAGCCUGGUGGUCCCUUCUGCAUGGACGCUCCAGAUGGGUCCUAUCGGGACUUGAGCUUCAAGGGGCGUUCGGGCGGGUCAGAAGGCCGCUGCCUUGCCUGCACUGGCAUGUCCAUGUCACUGGAUGGACAGUCAGUCAAGCGAAGUGCCUGGCAUACCAUGAUGGUCAGCCAGGGCCGGGAUGGAUAUCCAGGGCCCGGGCCAGGCAAGGGGCUCCUGGGUCCAGAGACCAAGGCCAAAGCCAGGACUUAUCACUAUCUGCAGGUGCCGCAAGAUGACUGGGGGGGUUACCCCACGGGUGGCAAGGACGGGGAGAUCCCCUGCCGCAGGAUGCGGAGCGGCAGCUACAUCAAAGCCAUGGGGGAUGAGGAGAGUGGAGACUCAGACGGUAGCCCCAAGACGUCUCCCAAAGCACUUGCCCGCCGCUUUGCCUCCCGCCGCUCUUCCAGCGUGGACACAGCCAGGAUCAACUGCUGUGUCCCACCCCGGAUCCAUCCCCGGAGUUCCAUCCCUGGCUAUAGCCGUUCCCUCACAACUGGACAGCUCAGCGAGGAGUUCAACCAGCAGCUGGAGGCCGUGUGCGGGUCCGUGUUUGGGGAGCUUGAGUCCCAGGCCGUGGACGCCCUGGACCUGCCCGGCUGUUUCCGCAUGCGGAGCCACAGCUACCUCCGGGCCAUCCAGGCCGGCUGCUCUCAAGACGACGACUGCCUACCCCUCCUUGCUGCCCCUGCCUCUGUCUCAGGGAGGCCCGGCUCCUGUACGGUGGAGACAAUCUCAGACUCGGACACCGAGAACAGGAGCCGAAGAGAGUUUCACUCCAUUGGCGUUCAGGUGGAAGAGGACAAGAGGCGGGCGAGGUUCAAGCGCUCCAACAGCGUGACAGCCGGUGUGCAGGCAGACCUGGAGCUGGAGGGCUUGGCUGGCCUGGCCACUGUGGCCACAGAAGACAAGGCCCUGCAGUUUGGACGUUCCUUCCAGAGGCAUGCCUCUGAGCCCCAGCCUGGGCCCCGGGCCCCCACCUACUCAGUCUUCCGCACGGUCCACACGCAGGGCCAGUGGGCCUACCGCGAGGGCUACCCACUGCCGUAUGAGCCGCCGGCCACUGAUGGGUCUCCUGGCCCUACCCCUAUCCCUGCCCCUGGCCCCGGGUCCGGUCGCCGAGAUUCCUGGAUGGAGCGCGGUUCACGUAGCCUCCCCGACUCAGGCCGCACGUCCCCCUGCCCACGGGACGGCGAGUGGUUCAUCAAGAUGCUGCGGGCAGAAGUGGAGAAACUGGAACACUGGUGCCAGCAGAUGGAGCAUGAGGCGGAGGACUAUGAGCUGCCCGAGGAGAUCCUGGAGAAGAUUCGCAGUGCCGUAGGCAGUACACAACUUCUCCUGUCUCAGAAGGUCCAGCAGUUCUUCAGGCUGUGUCAGCAAAGCUUGGACCCCACUGCGUUCCCUGUGCCCACCUUCCAGGACCUGGCGGGUUUCUGGGACCUCCUGCAGCUCUCCAUUGAAGAUGUGACCCUCAAGUUCCUGGAGCUACAACAACUUAAGGCCAACAGCUGGAAACUCCUGGAGCCUAAGGAGGAGAAGAAGGUCCCUCCGCCGAUACCAAAGAAGCCCUCGCGGGGGCGGGGCGUGCCGGUGAAGGAGCGCUCCCUGGACUCCGUGGACCGGCAGCGGCAGGAAGCGAAAAAUAAAACCGCAGAACUGCACCGGAGCCAGCUCUCUCCCGAAGAGACCACCUCUGUGGGGGGCUUGGGAAAGCACGAAGCAACGUCGCUUGGGGAGCCUCCUAACCGCCAGGGGGCGCGAUACUCACCUCCGUUCAUCCCAACAGAGAGGCGGAUGCCCGGCUUCCUUCCUCUUGUUGCUUAA